AUGCGACAGGAGGUCAACACGGGACUACAAUACCAGAGCUCAGCGAGUGCAGUCGACGUCUGCAUGCCUUCAGUGAUGGCACGAGCUCCAAUGUCACCAAUCUUGUUCUCGCUCAAGCUGUGUCAACUCGAUCAAAUGGCCUCCAGUUCCAACUCGGCACACCCCGCAGCUGCGGCUGCUGGUUUAUCUCCAUUUGACUCGUCUGCUGCCUCCGAGGAGAGGACGGAGCAGGACGACUUCUUGAAACGCUUCGAGUCUUUCUCGCUUGCACUGGGCCCUGCCAAAUCUGCGCCCCUGCUGCUCGACCCUGUGGCAACCAACAAGGCAUAUGAUGAGCUGGCUAAAGCCGUGGCCAACCUCUCACUCGAGGAGGUGAAGACAAAUGUCGAGGGUGUCGUCGAGAGGGUCAGGCAGCUUUACACCGCAGUUCAAAUACCCGACAAGUGGGUAGAGCGAGUACUGCGCUUGCUGAACGGAGAAGACGAGGAUGAACGACUUGACUCCAUCCAAAUAUCCGUCGAGAGCUACCGCACGAAGGUUGAAGCUGACGACGCUGCCUCAUCUGAUACUCCUUCAUCCGCUGCUACAUCGGACGCUGCUCCGUCAUCCGCUGCUCCGGCACUUGCUCCGUCAUACGCUGCUGUUGUUCUCACAGGGAAGGGCAAGCAACCGGCGUGUGCUUCGACCGCGGCUGUCGCUUCGUUGCCUGCUCCAUCUUUCAUGAGCCAAAAGAAGGGCAAGCAAGCAGAGGGCACGACAGGGUCUCUUGCCCCUGCGACUGCCGCUUCGGCACCUGUCAUCCGACCGAAUUUUGUCAUCACAACCAUGAACGGACAGCCGCUACUCGUGGUUGAAGUCAAGUGCCCGACGACCCAUCGGGUCAAAGGCACGUAUGAGUGCAAAGGUGGGAAUUUGGAGCCCCGCGAGGUGUCGGAGAACAACCCCGAUUCGGAUGCUGUCAAGCACAAUACAAGCCUCGGGCACCUGCAAGGCCAGCUGUAUGACUACCUACGCUCGUUUCACAAGGACUUGGGCAUGGUGCCGUACUUUGGCAUCCUCACAACGUACCACGAGUGGGCGGUCUACUGGCUCGCCGAUGACCAGGAACAACACCUUCAAGACCCUGUCUCCUGCACGUCCAAGUGCGCGGCUGUUUCGGACGUCGGCGAGUUCAAGAACAUCAUUCUUGAUCUCGAGAGCCGAGCAACCGUCACGACAGACGCGCAGUGGCCAUCGCUCAAAGUUGUUCCCACGUUUGGCAACGUGCACAACCUAGCAGCAACUUCAGCAAAGGCGAUUCACCAUGGCAACGCGACGCGCCACCUCAUCCGCAUGCGCGUGUUCAAGUGGAACGAUCCCGACCUCGUCAACGUGUUGCAGAACGUCAUUUUCAAGGCCUAUCACCUGUCGCAACUGCGCUUCCACCCUCAUUUCGGUGAAAGCUCCCCGUGCCUUCUCUAUAGUGACGGGCAGCUUACACAGACCAAAACGCAUGGCCGCGUUCAGUUGGACUUCAACACCUGCUCCAACCAGGUCGUUCGACCUGAUGGGCAACUUCGAGGAGGCCAAAAGCCGACCAACGUUUACUGCUUUGUUGACCUCGGUCGCGGACGUGACGGCCAUGCAUGGCUUGCGAGCCCAUACACCGAGAAAAACCACGGUGUUUGUGUCCUGAAGGUGCGCAACCCGGGCGUCACGUCUUCAUUCGUUAAUGAUGCCAUUUACAUGCCAUACCUCAGGAUGAUCGAGCAUGACCAUGACAGGCCACGCGAUGGCGAUCCGAUUCUGGUUGCAGCCGCGCGUGCAGUUGAUCACAUGGCAUCGCUUGGCUACCGACACAAGGACGUGCGCUGGCGUCAUGUCGGUCUCUACCGUAUCAUGGGCGACGACACGUUGUAUGCGGUGCUGAUCGACUUGUCCGAUGUGGAAGUGGUCUCCGACAAAGCCGAAGCCAGAAACAGUAUGCUUGCGAAACUUGACAUUGACGAAAGCCUCUUAGAAUAG